GCCUGCCAUUCUCUUCACAGUGCAGUUUUACCUGGGGAACUUUAAUUGACGGCAGUGUGAAUAAUAUCAAGCGAAGUUACUCGUUGGGUGUACAAACACUGCACACAGUUGUCACAACGUGUGUGGGAAAUGUCGCGUUCGCGAUGAAAAGGAACGGCACAUAUAGGUUUUUAUCGGUUUUUUCUUUCGUUAUAGUUUGUGCCUGCUUGUUGCUUUUUUGGUUUUUUAUGUUUUACUCCAUGGUGCAAGCACCAUGAAGUAAGCUCGGCUAUCAUUCAUUUGACUCGGUUGUAUUUGGACGAGCUACCCACAAUGCACCGCUUUGUUUACGCCCCGCCCGUCCCGUGACCCCGAAACACGGAAGUGAAGAGCCCCGUGUGUGAGGUCAUCAUGGCGUCCGACUCCGGUGAAGCAGAGUCGUCCUCUGCAGACAUCAAGCUGCAGUUUGCUCCCUUCAGCAGUGCUCUGGAGGCAGGCUUCUGGCACCAGCUCACACAGAAGAAACUUAACGACUACCGUCUGGAUGAGAGCCCCAAAUGCAUCAAGGGAUACUACUGCAAUGGUGAUCCGGUUGGUUUACCCACCCGUCUGACCUUGGAGUUCAGUGCAUUUGAAGUAGAUGGUUCGACCCCAGCCCACUGCUGUGCGGCUGUUGGGAAACUGUACAACACCAACACUCUGGAUGCCUUCAAGGGCACUGAUAAGAAGGCUCUGCUGGAGAACGAGUCCAAGGAGCUUUGGAAUGCCAUACUUUCAGGAGAAGCACUAAGAGACCCAGCGGUGCUGUGCAGGUUUAUUCUCCUGACCUUUGCAGACUUAAAGAAGUACCAUUUCUACUACUGGUUCUGCUUCCCCGCACUAUGCUUCCCGGAGGGGAUAAAGAUCAUAAAGCAGCCUGCUGUCCUGGAGAAGGUGUUCUCCACAAAACAGAUCGCAGCCUUGCAGGAGGCCUAUGAUGGCCUGUGUAUCAAAGGAGGCACCACAGCGGUUCCCUAUUUCCUAAUUAAGUACACUGAUGACGCCAUUCACUUGGCCUUGUUGGCAGAGUGGGCGACGUUCUUCCCGUGUACGACCAAGGUCACUGUGGGCGUGUAUGAUCCGUGUACUCUGUCUCAACAUCCAGGAUGGCCUUUGAGAAAUCUACUGGUUCUCUUAGCUAACCAGUGGGGCUCUAUGGUGGACACUGUGGAGGUGCUAUGUUUCAGAGACAGAACCCUGCAGGGAAUCCGCUCCAUUCAGCAUAGCAUCAUUUUUCAGGUCAAACUACCUGAACUCCCCACUGACUCAACAUGUCCAAAGAGCGUUGGCUGGGAAAAGAACCCCAAGGGGGCCAUGGGACCCAGAAUGGUCAAUCUCAGUGAAUGUAUGGACCCUAAAAGACUUGCAGAGUCCUCAGUUGACCUUAAUCUCAAACUGAUGCGAUGGAGGUUGGUUCCUUCGCUAGACCUUGACAAAGUGGUCAGCACCAAGUGUCUUCUGUUGGGAGCUGGGACUCUGGGCUGCAAUGUGGCCAGGACCCUGAUGGGCUGGGGGGUGAGACACAUCACCUUUGUAGACAAUGCAAAAAUCUCCUACUCCAAUCCCGUCCGACAGCCUCUCUACGAGUUUGAAGACUGUCUCGGAGGAGGGAAGUCGAAAGCCGUGGCAGCGGUGGACAGGCUCAACAAAAUCUUCCCUGGUGUUAAAGCCGAGGGCCACAAUAUGAGCAUCCCAAUGCCCGGCCACCCUGUGAAUUUCUCCCAAGCCACCCAGUCCCAGGCCCAGAAGGACGUAGAGCAGCUGCAGAAGCUCAUCUCGGAGCACGAUGUGGUCUUCUUGCUGAUGGACACCAGGGAGAGCCGCUGGCUGCCCACCGUGAUUGCUGCUAGUAAAAGGAAGCUGGUAAUCAACGCCGCUCUCGGCUUCGACACAUUUGUGGUCAUGCGCCACGGCCUGAAGAAAGCCCCGGCUGGCCAAAAUGCCUGCGGCGGGGACGCGAGCUCCUCCCUUUCCUGUUCGUCGGCCUCCUCUUCCUCGACCUCCACGCCGGCGGGCUCGGCGGCCUCUGUCACAGGAUCCUCUCUGUUCUCCAACAUUCCGGGGCACAAGCUAGGCUGCUACUUCUGCAACGAUGUGGUGGCGCCAGGAGACUCCACGCGAGAUCGGACACUGGAUCAGCAGUGCACCGUAAGCCGACCUGGUCUGGCCAUGAUUGCCGGCGCUCUGGCUGUGGAGAUGAUGGUGUCCAUUCUACAACACAGUGAAGGAGGCUACGCGGUGGCCAGCAGCAGUGACGACCGAAUGAACGAACCUCCCACAUCGCUCGGCCUCGUGCCGCACCAGAUCCGGGGCUUCCUCUCCAGGUUCGACAACGUCCUGCCCGCCAGCCUGGCCUUUGACAAGUGCACGGCAUGCUCGCCUGUUGUAUUGGACCACUAUGAGAGGGAAGGCUUUGACUUCCUGUCCAAGGUUUUCAAUUCUUCACACUCCUUCCUGGAGGAUCUUACGGGGCUGACAUUGUUGCAUCAGGAGACACAGGCUGCAGAGAUUUGGGACAUGAGCGACGACGAGAGCAUCUGAGGAAGCCAGAACUUCAACAUGUUUGGUACCUUUUGAGCCCUGUAUCAUGUUUCUCAUACAAUAUAAUACUUUUUUUUUUUUACUGCGUCCUCAGGUCAACACAGAUGUUCUGGGUAUGGAAAUAAGCAAAACAUUUAUUAGAUUUACUGGAAGAAGAAAAAAAGUUUUUGCAAAAAAUUUGACGCUUACCUGUGCACAGUCUGUUAAUAAUAAAAUAAACAGAAUAUUAUGAUAAUAAUUCUAAAUGUUUUAGACACCUGGCAGAAUGAGAAUGAAUUAGGUGAAAUCGACUUUUUUGUUUAUAAAGUCAGCUAAACAACAUAUUUAUGGUAUAUUUGGACAGUGGACACGUGUUAUAUUAUGUCUCAAACAAUGGACUUACCGUAUUUUUCAGAGUAUAAGUCGCACCGGAGUAUAAGUCGCACCUGCCAAAAAUGCAUAAUAAAAAAGGAAAAGAACAUAUAAGUCGCACUGGAGCCCGGCAAAACUAUGAAAAAACUGCGACUUAUAGUCCGAAAAAUACGGUACAUAAAAAAUUAAGAAAAAUGAAACCAAGUUGUGAAUAAAAAAAGGUAAGACAAGAUUCAUAAUCAUUUCUUUGUCAUGUGACUUGCACUCUGUUUGCUUCAAGCUACACACAUUGUAUGGUGGACAUUAUUUUGUGGGGUUUUUGUUCGGAACUAUUCUCAAUCUUGUUUUUUGACAUUUGUCCAUUAAAGUACUCGUGGCUUGAA